CACGCGAAGCAAACGAUGGAGAAUAUGGUUAAGCACCACAAUGAAGGAAAUUUUGAGAGGGUAACAAUGCCCCCACUUAUUCCGAAAGUAAUAAACCAGCCAGCUCCAUCAAUUGAUGGUUUACCAUCAGUAGAAUCAUCUCUCCAAAAAGUCAUGAGUGCUUUAAGUGAUGAAAAUACCAAAAUAAUUGGAGUAUGGGGCAUGGGUGGUGUGGGCAAAACUACCCUCGUCAAAAAUGUGAACAAUAAGUUGCAAGGGACACAACAAUUCAAUAAAGUCAUAAUGGUGAUUGUUUCAGAGGACGUGGAUAUCAAAAGGAUCCAGGGAGACAUUGCGAAGAGAUUGGGUUUCACACUCCUGGAUGGGACGUCCGAGUCCUCACGAGCAAGUGAUCUGAGGACUAGAUUGAUGCAAGAGGAGAAAUUUCUCAUCAUAUUGGAUGAUUUGUGGGAGCGACUUGAUUUGGCUGAUGUAGGAAUUCCCUCUACUAACAGCCUUGAAGGUUGUAAAAUCAUAUUCACAACACGUAAUGAAGAUGUGUGUCAAGGAAUGGAAUGCCAAGUUGACAUUCAAGUAAAAGUGCUCUCAGAAGAGGAAUCAUGGAAACUAUUCAAAGAAAAAGCAGGUGCUGUUGUAGAUAACUCUUCCUUGCAAAGCAAGGCGAAGGAGGUUUUAGAGGAAUGUGGCGGUCUUCCCCUAGCAAUUAUCACACUUGGACGGGCACUAAGAGGUAGGAGAAAUCCUAAGGAAUGGGAUAAUGCACUGUCACAGCUGAAUAAAGCUGUGCCAAGCGAUAUCAAAGGCAUGGAGAAUGGGGUAUACCAUUCUAUCAAAAUUAGCUACGACCAUUUGCGACCUCAGCUAAAACCAGCUUUCUUGUUCUGCUGCCUGUUUCCUGAAGAUUAUGAUAUUCAUGUGGACAAGAUGAUUAGAUUGUGGAAGGGUGAAGGCUUUUUGGAAGAUGUUGAAAGUUGGGAGGAAGCAUUAAAUAAAGGGCACGCUUUGGUUGAAGAACUCAAAUCUUCUUGUUUGUUAUUAGCAAGUACAAAGGAAGGGCAUGUAAAGAUGCACGACAUUGUUAGGGAUGUUAGCAUUUGGAUUUUGUCAAACGAAUGCAAGGACUGCAAAUCUUUUGUGAGAAUCGGACGGAAAGGUUUGCCACAGGGGAAAAGUUGGGAGGAAUACAAGAGGAUUUCUCUAUGGCGAUGUGGAAUUAAUGAACUGCCAGAAGGGAUGCAUUGUCCUAAAUUGCUGACAUUGAUGAUGCUGGAAAAUGAGAAGCCGAUGGAAAUUCAAGGUUGGUUUUGGGAAGCAACAAAAGACCUUCGGGUUCUGGAUCUAAGCAGAACAACUAUCAGUAAGAUACCACUGUCAAACCUGGUGAAUCUACGGGUGCUUUGCCUGAGGAGCUGCAAGUUUGAAGAAUGGAAUUGUUUGUCAGCACUUGGGGGACUGAAGCAGCUUGAAUUUCUAGAUCUGUCAUUUAACAAUUGGUUAUGCGAGUUGCCAAAUGAAAUUGGAGAAUUGGUCAAUCUGCGGAGCUUGGACUUAACAAAUACUAUUCAUCUUAACAUUGUUCCAAGUGGUGUUAUAUCAAGGUUGACUCUCUUGGAAGAAUUGAAGAUGUGGAACAGUUUCCACGAGUGGACGGCAGAAGAAAAAGAUGCAAGCAGCAGCAGCAGUUGCAAUGCCUCUUUGAGUGAAGUGGCAUCUUUGAAAGAGUUAUCUAAUUUACAUCUGUUUAUUGUGGAAGUGGAACGUUUGCCUAGAGACUAUCCUCUGAUUAAACAUCCGACAAAGUUGAAGAACUUUUGCUUCUGCAUAUGCCCAAGGCCUCGUUAUGGUCGUGUACGCCGUGAUUAUCCCAAAAACCCUGAUGGGUUGAGAUAUAUGGAGAGAUAUAUGGAGAUUGUUGGUUGUAGUCUCAUCCCCGAAUGGGCUUUAAUGCUUUUACCACAGACAACCCAUUUAAAGUUAAAAAAUUGCAAGGGUAAAGAGGCACUUAAUCGCGGUGGAGGAUUCCCAAGUUUGAAAUAUCUUAAAGUUGAGAAAUGUGAUGAUGUGGAAUUUGUUGUCAGUGCAAAGGAGUCUCCUGAAAAUGCAUUCGGUAAUCUACAGAGUUUAGUGUUAACAAUGUUGCCAAAUCUAAAGAAAGUCGUCACUAAGUAUGAAGAGGGAUCGCUUCCCACCCUUCAUAACCUUAAGGAGGUGGAAGUGGAGGAAUGUCCUGAACUAAAGCAUCUACUCCCAUCCGUUUUAUUGCAAGGAAUGGAUAAUUUAACCGAUGUGACAGUGUUUCAUUGUAGAGGAAUGGAGCAUUUAUUUGAUGGACCACCCACGGUGGAGCAACGCAAUGAUGUGCUCUCCAAACUCAGAUCCUUAAGUCUUUUUAAUCUCAGGAGCAUGACAAGUAUUUGGCCGAUGGGGUUAGCGGUGAAUCUCCAAAAGCUCGCUACUCUGGAUCUUUGGGAUUGCCCUGGCUUGAAGAAGAGCGUUGUGUCAGCGAUGCAGAUGAAGGGUGGGCUCCCUAACCUUAACGAACUCAACGUGUAUGAUUGCGAAGGAGUGGAGGAGAUGAUUUCAGAUGUGGUGGAUAAUGAGGGUCUCCUACCUAAACUAAGAACUCUAGACUUAAGAGAUCUACCGAAAUUGGUGCGCAUAUGUGGAGGAGAGGCUGAUCCCCUGUUGCAACUGGAUUGGAAUUCACUGGAAGAAAUACAUGUGUGGAGAUGUGGAGGAAUGGAGCAUGUAUUUGAUGGACCGCCCAAUGAUGUGUUCUUCAAACUCAAAACCUCGAAUCUUAAAGAUCUCCAUCAUAACCUGACUACUCUCGUGCUUUGGAGGUGCCAUUUCUUUAAGAAGACCGUUAUUUCGUCGGUUCAGAUGAAGGGUGGGCUCCCUAAUCUCGUCAACCUCACCGUGAAUGAUUGCGGAGGAGUAGAAGAGAUCAUUUCAGAUGUGGUGGAUAAUGAGGGUCUCCUACCUAAACUAGAAAUUCUGACAUUAUGCUCUCUACCGGAAUUGGUGCGAAUCUAUGGAGGAGGAGAGGCUGUUCCACCACCGCAAUUGGAUUGGCAUUCGUUGAAAACAAUUAAGGUGUAUGGAUGUCCCAAGCUUAAAAAGGUGCAGGCUCUGCAAGGUGGGGCCGACAGUGUGCCGUCGCUUAAAGAGAUAAAGGGAGAAAGGAAUUGGUGGGAGGGGUUAGAUUGGGAAGGAGACGACAGAGUCAGCUCCCAAUUCCAUUCCCUGUUUAAAGAGGUAUUUGAAUUAUUGAAGUUUAUAAUAUGAAGACGCUUGCUACUAUUCAAUACUCAGACUGCUCCUCUUGGAAAGCGUAGCUCUUCACUCGCCAUUUAAAUUCAAUAUCAAUUGGCUAGUAUCAUAUCGAGAACUAUUGACUCAAGAAGGAAGAAAAUAAUUGAAAAUAUUAGUUAUGUUCCUUUAUCUACUCCCCUUAUCUGUCUUCUUCAAUCGCUUUAGAUGCUAAUCAUUCUCCAUGGACGAGAGUCCUUUCAGUUUGAGGAUUGCUUUGUAAGCUUCUAAAGUUUUGCUUUUUCUUAGCUCAAGUGGGGGUUUUCUCUCACUAGGCCAGCAUAUAGGCUCUUUUCUCUUUUCCUGGUCCGGGAUGUGGGCAUUUUAGUGUGUAUGUUUUUCUUUUCUCCUAGCCUGAGAUGUGGGUUGCUGCU